AAUUGGGAUGUUUUCAUUGAAUUGGUCGUAAAUGGGAUCGAGGGUCGACGUUAGAGGUGUUAUUUCAAGCUUGAGUCAUAUUUACAAAUUGAAGAAUGGACAGUUGUUUAUUUUCAAAAUAUCUACAUCAUCUGCAACAUUCCCUGUGGUCGUCCAGAGGCCAUCCCAGCUAGUCUGGCACAAAAGCAUCAAGAUUGGAUCUGUCUUCUCCUGCUCUAACCUAAAACAUUCAAAGAUCUAUCAGAGCUGUGUCUGCAGGGAACCCAAGAUGAGGUUGCUGUUCUUAUCGCUGGAUCGCAAACCAGGAUCAUUGAGGAAUCGACGAACGAUGUGGAAAUGUUCCACAACGAUGACGAACCAUCGAACCUCAUUUCAUACAAGGGGACGGUGACGGCGGCCGAGCCCUCGCUGCAGCUGUACGAGCUGGACGGCAGCUGCCGGCUGGUGCUCUCCGCCCUGGCGGCCGUCUGCAGCUGCCCCCAGCUGCGGCUCGGCGACCAGGUGGUCGUGCACCACGGCCACUGGCAGGCCGCCGAGCGCGCCCUGUACGCCUGCGGACGGAGCCUGGUGUGCGUCCUGGACAGAGAGCCGGAGCCGGUGGCCAUCUGCCGCCGCUCUGCGGUACACACCCUCCACUGGUUCUGUCUGCCGCCCACGGCCGUCUGGUGGUACCGGCGCACGGCCGAGCGCAUCGCCGCCGCCGCCGAGGGAAGGGUUCCCGUGGACGGCGCGAAGGGCGUGCUGCACCGGCUGCUGCAGAGGGAGCAGCUGCCCACCGCCGAGCGAUCGCUGACCAAGGAGUUUCUCUGCCGGCCGCACCGCUGCGCCGUAUCACAAAAGUUCGGGGCGCCGUUCGAGCUGACCGCUCUGUCGGAGCUGGUGUCGGCCGCUCUGCUCGACUCCACUCCUCCGGAGCCGCCGGACGGCCGCGGCUGGCACCACUGGGUCGGCGGGGACCAACAGUGGCUGACCGUGGCGUGGCUGAGCAGCGACAGCGCCGGCGGACUGCGGGCCACGGCCGGCGCCGACUGCUCACUGCCGCUGCUGCUGGUGCCGCCCGCGGACGGAGAGUCUCACACCGCCUCCGCCGGACAGUCGCCCACCGCCGAACAGUCUCACACCGCCGGACAGUCUCACACAGCCGGACAGUCUCACACCGCCGGACAGCCUGCCUCGGACGGUCUGGUGCUGAUCCGCGGGCCGCGGCUGGUGGUGGAGAGACUGGGCCACGACCGGCCGCUGAUAUACCUGCUCUGCGAGGAGCGGCAGCUGGUGCCGCUGGGGAGCGGUGCGGCCCCCGCCGGCCAGCCGCCGCCGCCCCCGCCCGCGCCGGCCGUCCGUCUGCUGGUGUGCCACCGCAGCUCUGCCCGCCGCCCGACCGCCAGUGGUGAUGGCGGAGCGUUCCUGCUGCUGCACGGACUACUGGAGGAGGCUGCGCGCCGCCGUCCGGUGGUGCUGCGGCUGACGGGAGCGGCGGCCGGGCGCGCGGCCCGCCUCACACGGGGCACCACCUACCUGCUGCACUCUGAGGACCGCCUGUGGACAGGGAGAGAGCUGCUGAACGGGCAGCUGCAGCCGUGGCUGGCAGAGUGUCCCACGCUGCGGGCGCCGGACGACCUGCACUUUACCGCCGAGUCAUCACCAGUGGCCGCCGUCCUCUCCUCCGAUGUACUCAGUGUGUCGCAGCUGGCCCCGGGCGGGUCCGAUGACGACCUGCUGUCGGUCCGUGGCGUCAUACGGGAGCGGCGCCACGCCCGCGAUCGGUACGCCAAGGCCUCGCACCAGCCGGCCAUCAGCCUCGACACCCACCGCGUGGUGCUGCUGCUCAGUGACCCGGAGACGCCGGACGAGUUGCCGCUGUACGUGUGUGAGCCGUCCCGCUGGGUCUCGCUGCUCGGCCUGGUGCCGGGCGCGGCGCUGACGGCGCACGCGGUCCGCUGGGCCGGCGGCGGCGCCCACCUGGUCACCACGCCGCUGUCGGAGCUCGAGCUGACCGGCUGGAGCGCGCCGCCCGAGCACCCCGGCGCCAGGAGGCCGCGGCUGCACCUGCCGGUACAUUUCCUCUCGGCGGCGCUCUCCGACCCCUCGGUCACCCGCUGGCUGAGCUGUGUCACGCUGGCCGACCUCUGCCGGGUAUCCGUGACGGCCGAGUGUGCCCUCUGCGGCCGCCAGCUGACCGCCGGCUGCUGCGGCUUCGUCGGCUGCCACGGGCGCGGGAGGCACGUCUACAACGCCAGGGCCAGGUCGGUGCUGGAUGACGGCUCGGCGGCGGUGACGGCUCAGCUGAUUGGUGACAGUGUCCGUCAGCUGCUGGGCGUCACGGACGCUCAGUGGCGCGCGCUGCUGACUGAGGCCGAACAGCAGGGCGAGAUCUUCUACCUCCAGCCGCGCACCAAGACCGGGCGCGUGCCGGCCGCCGCCGGACUGCUCCCGUCCUUUUGUCUGGCGGACUCUAUCCGACGGCCGGUCAUCUGCGAGCUGAAAAAGUUCGCCGGUCCGCCGCCGGCGGCCGCUGCAGGAGGCGGCGGCGCGGCUCGCGAGGCGGUCUUCUGUGAGUCGGUGAUGGAGGCCAGCCCAGACGUGGUGGUGCGACUCUUCCCCGAUCCCGCCGCCGGUGCAGUCAGCUGACCCCGCCGCCGGGGCAGUCAGUUGACCCUGCUGGGAUCACCAUCAAACCUCAACCGCCGGGAGCCAGCGAACGUGCUACCGGGACAGUCAGUAAUUGACCUCCUGCGAGGAACGGUUAGCUGACCUGCCGGCACGGUCAGAUGACGUCAGCAGCCAGCUGAGUCCGAGGAACUGCUGCGAGGAUCAUCACUUGACCUGCCACCGGCCAGUCGGAUGACCCCACCCCUCCUACGCGCUUAUAUUCAGUCUGAGUCAUCCCCAGCCUACCUCAGAGAGGUUACCAGAUGAUCCGGCCCUCCGAUCAGUAAGGCCAGUCGACACUGAACUGUUCCUAAUGUUGAGAGGUGGGACUGUCGGCCCAGCCAUAUUGAUAGAAAGGUUUCGAUAAGAGGUGCAACGUUGCGCACGCCAGUUGAAUGCACGGUAGGACGUGCGACGUGCGUUGUGCCAACCAUGUGGAGGUGGACAGAAGUUUUAAUGAGUCAGUAUUUUGAAACAUAGUGUUUUGUACGUUUUUCUUGCAAGAGACUCAAGCAGCUCGUAUUCUACAAGGUACAAGGUACAAGAGACCACAAGUGAUAUCCGCGUUGCGAGGCAGUCAGUUCACUUCGCUGAACAAUUCAUCGCGGCUGUGCGUACAAUGCCAGCCUCGUGAAAUCCGUGGGUUGCAUGUCGUGCUCUGAGCAGAUUACGUUCUGAUGUGCGUUUGAAUGAAGCUCAAUAGUCAAUGAUAUCGAUGAAUGCGAUGCCUAAAAUAAAACCAGCAGAGAGAGA